AUGGUAGCUAUGUUCUCUUCCUCAGAUUUUAAAGAUGGAGAAGAUUGUUACAAGAAUGAGUUUUAUGGAACUAUCAAAAGCGACUUUGAAUUCAGCCAAGACAAUGAAAUCGGGAACGGAAUGCUAGGGAAAGUGUACAAAGCACUGGUCCCAAAUGGAUGGACAGUUGCCAUAAAGAGAUUCCAUGUUUCAGAGGAUUUGGAGGAAGAGUUGUUUCCGAGAUCACAACUCUGGAGGGACGAGCGAAUUCUGGUUUACAAAUACAUGCCUAAUGGAAACUUACAUGAGUGGUUGCAUUCAACCGACGACAAGGCAAGACUCUUGGACUUUCCUCUAAGGGUUAAAAUUGUUUUAGGUGUCGCGAAAGCCCUGACUUGGCUUCAUGAUGGUGGAAAUUUCCAUGUUGUGCAUGGUAACAUAAGCACACAAUGUAUCUUGCUCGAUGAAAAUUUCGAUCCUAAGUUAUCCAAUUUUUGGGAGGCAACACUUGCAAAAACAAAUGACAUAGAUUCAAACUUGAGUCUAUUUCCAAUAGUCGAGUGUUUAGACUUUACAACAUAUAAAAAAGAUGUUUAUCGAUUUGGGGUUGUGCUUCUCGAGCUUUUAACGAGGAAAGAAUCUUACAUAUUGAGCUGCUCGAGUCUAAAUUUGUCGAGCAGCUCUUUUGCCAGUCCUCUUGAUGUUGAUAAAGUACUGUUAGGGCAAGGAUUUGAUAAUAUGGUAAUGCAACUACUUGAACUUGCAAGUGAUUGCAUGAAAUUUAUUCCGGAUCAAAGGCCAACGAUGCAACAAGUGUAUCAGACUGUUGCUGCGAUUGCUCGAGUCCAUGACCAAACAGGGGGUUCUGAAAUACAAUUGCACUUGGACUACAAGCAGGGGCGGAGCCACCAAAGGGACGUGUAG